AUGAGUAGGAACAGGUCUCAUACAGCUAGUAUAGCUAGUACAGCUAGUAUAACUUCUAUGCCUCCACCGAGACAAAGUCAGCGAUUAUCAAAUAAAAUUACAGCACCGUUAUCACAUUCAUCUCCAAUAAGUGUACGAAAACAGCAAGUUCAAUCAUCAACAUCGACGAGAAAAUCCAGAAGAACUUCAAUUUCCAUAUCGAUUACGCCAAAAGAUGAAUCUGUAUUAUUGAUUGGGAAUGAUGAUAUGCAAACUUCAACAUCAGAUCUAACAAAUUCACAUCGACAACUGCAAAAUAGUGAUAAUGAGGAAGAACAGAUUGAAGACGAUAUCAAUAAUAAUGAUCAAAAACGAAUUUUGAAUGAUUCUACUGCCAGUGAUUUAACAUUAAUUAUAAAAAAUAAAAAACGGAAGAAAACAACGACAGUAACAAUGGACGAAAUCUUAUCAAACUUUAUAAAAGUCAAUGAUCAACUUCAAUGUAAACAUUGUACAGAACCAAAGAUUACAGCGUUUCUUGAUCCUCAACUGUACGAUUAUUUGGCAAGAUACCCCGAAGAUCUAGAAAAAGCCGAAAAAGAAGUAUUACGUGUUGCUAAAUCACAAGUAUUAUCACAUUCAAGAUUACCAUUAAAUGUAUUGGAUCAUUUUUUAAAUACAUGUGGUGCGGGUGUUACAACGGCGACAACAACCGUUUCUUCAACUCCACGCGAUUUCAAUAUUAAAGAACAACUUGCAGUCUAUAUUGCCAAUCAUAAGAAUAUACCCGAUCUUCAAUCAUUCUGGAAACGACAUGAACUAUUAUUACCGGAUUUAGCAAGAUUGGUGAAACGAUAUUCAUGUAUACAACCGUCAUCAGUGUCCAGCGAAUCGGCAUUUUCUGUCGCCGGAUUUAUUAACAGAAAAACACGUUGUUCAUUAGCUCCGGAUGCACUACGAUAUUCAAUGUUUCUAAAAAGCAUUUAUGAGUCGACAACAGAACCACAACAGUGA